GCUUGUCAGUUGUCAAAUUUUGUCAAUAUUAUUAAACUUGUUGGAUUGGAUUUUACUUUAAAUAUUCCACAAAUAAAACAAAUCCGACAAAAAAAAGACGAUUAGCAUUAAAAAGGAUUUUAUUCUAUUAACAUUCUAUUAAGUUAACACACAGGAAUGGCAUCAGCAGCAGGAUCAGGCGCCGGCGGGGGCGCAGGCGGCGCGGGGGAGUGUGAGGGGGAGGAGCAGGAGGACUCGUCCUCCUCCAGUCACUCUGUGUGUGACGCCACACAGGCACUGGACAACCUACAAAUUGAAGAUGAGAAAAAGGAGAUUGAAGAUGAGUUGACAGUGUUCCGCCAGCAGUGGCAGCGUGAGCUGGAGUCUUCACCGUCCCCGCACAAGGAGAGCCGGCCUGCCAAGCCUGUGCAACGGGAGCCUGCUCCACAGCUGACCGAUGAAGAGAAGGCCAAACAGCUAUUUCUGUGUGGCGUGGAGAUGGAGCGCGGCGGUAAGCUGUAUGAAGCCAUACAGCACUACAAACGCGCCAUACAGAUAGUGCCCGAUGUAGAGGCCAGACUGUACGAGAGCUCCGAGCUCAGGCCUGACACACCGGAAGAGGAAUAUGAGAUUGAGGAAGUGUGUCAGUCGGAAGCAGCUGAGGACAGUGAGGAUGAGGAUGCAGUAGAGGGCGAGGAGCUGGUGGCUCGGCUGCAGAGAAUCCUCGCUAGAAAAGGCCAUCUGUUCCAGCCUGAGCAUCAGACUAAGGGUGCACACAUCUCGUGGCUGCCGUAUGAGGUGGUGCAGCUGGUGCUGCGGUGGGUGGUGGGCGCGGAGCUGGACGCCGGCUCGCUGGAGCGCGUCGCCGCCGCCUGCCGCGGGCUGUACGUGGCGGCGCGGGAGCCCGACCUGUGGCGAUGCAUGUGUGUCAGGACUUGGGGCAUAGAGUGCGGCACGCCGCGCGUCAACGGCUACGCGAGCUGGCGGCACAUGUACGUGGAGCGCGCGCGGCUCAACCUGCACGGCUGCUACAUCAGCAAGACCACGUACCUGCGCCACGGCGAGAACAGCUUCCAGGACCACUGCUACCGCCCCUGGUACAUCAUAUACUACUACCGGUACCUUCGGUUCUUCCCCGAGGGGUCGGUGUUGAUGUGGACCACGGCGGACGAGCCGGCGGCGUGCGUGGGACACCUCAGGCACCGCGAGACCAAGAACAGCCUCGGCAUCAUGUCGGGCCACUACCGCCUCGUGGGCGACACGGUGGUGAUCCUGAUCAAGAAGGCGUGCAGCGAGAAGACGCCCGCCUCCAACACGCGCUUCCGCGCGCGCCGCAAGGAGGCCAGCGAGCAGCACGACCAGCUGUUCCAGCUGGAGCUGCAGGUGCGCUCGGUGCGCGCGCACCGCAACUGGCAGCUGGUGUGGCGGCGCUACGCCGUGUCCACGCGCCGCGACCAGUGGAGCGCCUUCGAGCUGGCGCCCGGCAAGUUCCCGCCCUUCGCCUUCAGCCCCGUGCGCGCCUACACGGCCGAGGCCAGCGCGCCGCUGCUGCAGGCCUCCGCCUAGCUCGCGGCACCAGCACCUUCCGCAGGUGUAAAUGCUACACUCGGAGUGUAAAUGGAAUUUUUAUUUUUUAAACGCUUUUUAAAUUAGCAAAUAAGAGUUGUUAACACUAAACUGUGAAUUUUAUUUUUUUUAAUGGGAUAAAAAAAGAGCCGUUUUAUGUUAAUACUAUUAUUACUGUUGAGACGUGAAUCGUAAUCAUUGUGUAUAAUAUUUAAGUAUAUUUUAAAGUUAAGUCUAGUCUUUUAAAUAAUAAAAAUAAAAUAUAUUUCAAAAGAUAACAUACGAGUACAUAUAUGAAAUGAACUAUCUCUAAAAUGAAAUUUUUAUUUGUUUAUCUAUAUUGUUAAUAAUUUUAUUUAACCAACCAAAAUUAAAGAGUUCAUCUGAGCAAAAUCUCAUUGCAGUUUAUAAAUUUAUACUGACUGAUAACCAAAGCAUAGCUGUGCAAGAAAGCGGUAAUAAACAAUAUACAUGUUUUAUAGUUUCACUGAGCAUCGGCGUGCGUAAGGUUAUUAAUUAGGGUAAGCAUUACAUUUUGCAUCUGUGAAUUGCACGCCGCUGCCACAGCGAAAAGAUUUUUGAUAUUUCAAUAAUAAUCGGCACUUGUGAAGGAAAUGACUUUGUAUCUAAUCUUUGUAUUUGAAUUAAAUAAAAAGUUCUCAUGUAAAUAACAGCUAUGCUUUUCUGAGGAAAGGGGGUAAAAAAACAUUUUUGUAGUGAUAACUUCUUAUGGGAGGGUAAACCGCUUCGUAACAUAACGCGUUACGGCGUCACUCUGUCUGGCUUCCCUUACUCUCACACAUACAGCAGCAGGUGUAAGUUAUCACUUAUCUCGAGCGUCCCCAGACGCACAAAUCGUUUUGUAUCGCUCAGUGAAUUGGCAAUUAAAAAUGUAUGUCUCACAGCAUAAGUUGAUUUUGUUUUCCAAAAGAUACCGAGCCAGUGAAUAUAACCAUAUUUAUCUAUCAAAAAAUUAAAAAAAAAAAUUCACCCCUUGACAUAUUAUAAGAAGGCUCAAAACAAACAAAAGAUAUUUUACUAUAAAAGAUGUUAUAUUUUUCGUAUUGUUAGCGAAUGUAUGUACGAUUGCGAACUUUUAUAUGGAAACACCUAUACUGUUAUUUAUAAAAUCACUCUCAUGCCAUUAGAUGAAAAGUUAUAAAUUGACUUUUACAUGUAUACUCUCAACUUAUAGCAGAUAUUACUUUGUCCAUAUAGGUAAUAGUUGUAAAAACUUUCAUUUUGCUCAAAAAAAUUAAAUUGAAAAGUCCUCGAACACUGACACAUUUUUUUUUAUAAAAAACGAAUAAUGUUAAUGUUUAACAUGAGAUGUCAUGUCUAAGUUAUAUGAUUAAAUUUAUUGCAGUAUGUUAGUAGAGCCUCAAUAGCUCAAAGGUAAGAGCGGUCAGAGUCAUCACCGAGGGGUGGUAGUUCAAUCCCCGCACCAUUGGUCUAUUGUCGUGCUCACUCCUAAUACAGUUGUUACCGACUAGUUGCAGGGGAAUGGAAAUAUUGGUCAUAUUUAAAUAAAAAGAUAAAAAAAACCCGAGUCCCAAAUAAAAGUUCGUGACUGUAAAUUAUUGUCUAAUAUAAAUCAAUAAUGUUGUACAGAUAUCAAAGUUUAAAAUUUUUCAAAGUCUUGAGUUUUAUGUAUAAUUGAAAUAUAUAAUUUUAAGCUUUUAUAGUCAGCUAUCCCUAUCCCAGUGGGGAGCAUAGCUCUGUUUACCAAGUCUACUAUCCAAGUAGGUGAUAUGUGGAUGGUAGACUUGUCAAACGUUGGUAGUUACAUUGUGUAGGAGAGUAGUAUAUGUUUUUAUUUGAACUAUUCAUGCUAGGGUUUGCCACCUUUUUGUUUUAAAUUAAACUGGUAUUAUUAUUUUUUCAUUGAAUUUUUUUUUUAAACAUAAGAUUUGUCUAUUUGUAUUGAUUCUGUACUUUUCAUAGUGGUUCUAUACAUAUUACAAUGAGCUAUUUAGGUCUAUAUUGAAAUAAAUGAACAAUUUUAGUCACACUGGAAAUGCAAUAUAGUUGUAUUAGCAAUAAAAGAAGGCAAUUAAUCAUUAAAUGUUAAUUUCUUUCAGUAAUAUUUUUGCUGUAUACAACUGGCUUCUUUAUGGUGGCAACCCUAAUACCCUUUUAAACGCUCGCCUAAUGAACUGUCGUCCGUCAAUGUCUUAAUUUGAAAAUGUAGAAGUUUUUGAAAAUGAAACAAGGAUCCUUCGUUAGCGCACGCUAUCCAAGCCAAGAAUUUUCAAAAUUCUAUUCUAUAAUUAAGAUUAAGAAUAACGUUAUUUAAUCAAAUUAAUAUUAAAACAACCGCAGUGAUUCCUAAUUUGUGAUUUCUCUAGUUAAUUUCGUUUGAUUGGAAAGUUGAAGAACGGUUAUGCUUUUGUAAUAUUUUUGUGCUAAAAUAAAGUUCUUAUGAUAUU